CAAUUCCAAAACACCGCCUUCACUCCUUAACACAAACUCCAUUCUCUUUUAGAUUAACAGCCACACAAACUUUACAGCCAUGGGGUCUCCGCAUUUCCUCCUUGUAACCUUUCCAGCGCAAGGCCACAUCAACCCAGCUCUUCAAUUCGCAAAACGAAUGAUACGCACGGGAGCACAAGUCUCCUUCGCCACCAGCGUAUCGGCCCACCGGCGCAUGGCUAAAAGGCCAAACCUUGAAGGCUUACAGUUUGUCCCCUUCUCUGAUGGCUAUGAUGAUGGGUUUAAAUCCAGUGAUGAUAUACAACAAUACAUGUCCGAGAUCAGGCGUCGAGGAUCGGAGACUCUCAGAGAGAUUGUUGUCCGGAACUCGGAUGAAGGCCGCCCUUUUACUUGUAUAGUUCACACCCUACUGGUUCCUUGGGCGGCUGAGGUGGCACGUGGCCUAGUGGUUCCAUAUGCCCUUCUUUGGAAUGAGCCCGCCACUGUUUUAGAUAUUUAUUACUAUUACUUCAAUGGUUAUGGUGAUGUGUUUAGAAACAUUAGCAAUGAGCCUACAUGCUCCAUUGAGUUACCAGCACUGCCGCUUCUCUCUAGUCGUGACCUUCCCUCUUUUUUGGUGAAUUCAAAUGCGUAUACGUUUUUUCUUCCGAUGCUUCAAGAGCAGCUGGAGGCACUCAACCAAGAAACAAACCCAAAAGUACUGGUGAACUCCUUUGAUGCAUUAGAGACCGAGGCCUUGAAAGCUGUGGAUAAACUUCACUUGAUUGGAAUUGGUCCCUUAGUUCCAUCUGCAUAUUUGGAUUCAAAAGAUCCAUCUGAUACUUCUUUUGGAGGUGACUUGUUCCAAGGUUCAGACGACUAUAUGGAAUGGUUGAACUCCAAGCCCAAAUCAUCAGUUGUAUACGUAUCAUUUGGGAGUAUAUCAGUUUUAUCAAAGACGCAAAAGGAGGAGAUUGCACGAGGUUUGCUAGAUUGUGGCCAGCCUUUCUUGUGGGUCAUAAGAGCACCAGAAAAUGGAGAAGAAGUGAAAGAAGAAGACAAGCUGAGUUGCAGAGAAGAACUGGAGAAGAAAGGGAUGAUAGUACCAUGGUGUUCUCAGAUAGAGGUUUUGACACAUCCAUCGUUGGGUUGCUUUGUAUCACACUGCGGGUGGAAUUCAACCUUAGAGAGCUUGGUUUCUGGGGUUCCAGUAGUAGCAUUUCCCCAAUGGGCAGAUCAAGGGACCAACGCAAAGCUGAUCGAAGACAUAUGGAAGAUAGGAAUUAGGGUGACAGUGAAUGAAGAAGGAAUAGUCGAAAGUGAUCAGAUCAAACGCUGCUUGGAAAUUGCUAUGAGAGGUGGAGUAAAGGGGGAAGAAAUGAGAAGGAAUGCUGAGAAAUGGAAGAAUUUGGCCAGGGAAGCUGUGAAGGAUGGUGGAUCAUCGGACAUGAAUCUCAAGGGAUUUGUGGAUGAGGUUGGACAAGGCUGUAACGAGUCCAUUGGUUCAUGAAACAUUGUUGUUUUGCUGGAAAGGUCUAUAAACAACUGGUUUGGCUUAGCUUUUAUUUUUUUAUCUUUUCCUUUUGUUGUAUCUGUGAUUCGAUUCGCAGGACAUGACCAGUGGUCCUCUUCCUUAGGUCUAUUCCUCUCUAUUAUUGUUUCUGAAAUUGAGGGGAAAAAAUGAAUAUUAAUUUAUACAUUUAGACUAUAAUUCACGUG